GCUAGUUUAUUUUUUAAAAUCAUUAGUUGUUUGUUUUUAUAAUCUUAUGUUAGUUAUAUUUUUUAAAAUCACUAGUUGUUGUUUUGAUGAUAUCAUGUUAGUUUAUAUUAUUUAAAAUCAUUAGUUGAUUGUUAGUUUAAAUAUUUUUUAUAAUAACAUGUUUUAAUAUUUUGUUUAUAAAUUGUUGAUAAUUGCAUGAAGUUGAUAUAUUUUAUUUAUUGAUUGAUGCCUAUUAGGAUUAGGGUGAGGUGUGUUCUUUGUGGGGAUAUUCUCACUCAAUUUAGGUCCCUUGAUUGUACAUGGUAGGUGGCUUAGGGUUACUCAACUUGGUUUUUUCAUUGCUUUUGGAUCCUUAUAUGGUUGUUUGAUAGUAAUAAUUAUAGAUGUUAAAUCGUAUGUCAUCCUACACUUUCUUACAGUUGUUGUGGUUGGUAUCAUGUGUGUUUUAUUGUUUGAAAAAAAAAAAAAGAAAUUUACUUUUUCAAAAAAAGAUCAACUCUUAAAUCUUUCUUGAAAAAAACCAUCUUAGGUCAUUAGAAUUCAAAAAUCUCUUUCUUAAAAGGAAAAGGAAAUGCAACCAAUUUCAAUCUGUAUGCAUCUUUUCAUUAUUUUUAAAAAAUGAAUUUCAAUUUUUUCACAUGAAUCCAAAUUCAUAGUUCCAAAUAAAUAUGGAAGAUCCUUGGUUUUGAUGAAUUCAUUAAUAUUCAUAUGAGGUUCGAGGAUACAUGAAUUUGACCCAUGUACAGUAAAUAGGGACUUGGUGAGAGGCCCACAUAUCUUAAAUUCUCAAAGUUUAAUGCUACUAUUCAAUUGAAUUUCUUUUUUGACCAAAAAAUCAUUUUUCAAAUGGGAGAACUAAGUUGGUUUUUACAAAGGUCCUGUUCUCACCAUGUUCUGGACACCUAAACUAAAUUUGUAGAAAUAAAUUAUUUCCUAUUUCUUUUAAUUUUGUUUGAUAUUUUCCCUUCAUCUACACUUCUUGAAGUUAAGUUUAAACACCUGCUUUAUUAAAAACCGAUUCCCUAAAUGAGAGAAAAAAAUCUACCUUUCUGUAGUUAGGGGCUGUUUGGCUCAACUUAAAAUUCUUCCUUGUGUGAUUUAAUUAUGUUGCUAUUUUUCCUAUAAAGUAGUCAUCUUAAAUGAGUUGUAUGAAUUUUGGUAGGAUAUUAUCAUCCUUCUAAAUAGGCUAAUUAAAUUUGUCUUUGUGUGCUAUUGAAAAUCGUCUUGUUUCUUACCAAUGUGUUUGUGAAUUAAUCUGGUAUUAAUUGAGAUAUGGUUUGGGUAACUGGCCAAUUGGAUUUUGUUCUAGACUCAUAGAGGAAGAUAUGGAAUUUUUAAUUUGUUGAAACACCUUGCCUAACUAUUUUAUUUGGAAAUAUUUUGUACACACCUCUGUUCUGACCUAUUAUUGAAAAUCGAGUAGAGUGAUUUGAAUGUGAUUAAAUCUAGCAUCACAUUGUACAUGAUUAGAUUAAUUUAUCAAUUGUAUUAUAUUGUAGGCAUGUUGAGAGUGAUGUGGAUUUUUUAUUUUGAUGUUUUCUCAUUUUUAGGUAUUUCAUUUGGAUUUAUCUUAUACGUGUCCCCAUUUUGCCUUAUUGUUGAUUAUUUUGCACGUUUUUUAUAUUUCAACCUCCUUGUAAAUAUUUGUGAGCUUCUUUGAUUUUUAACUCACCUUGUAGAUAUAUUGUAUAUGAUACAUGAAUAUUCUUUUGUAUCAUAUUUUUCUUUUUGAUAUUUUAUUUGAAUUUGUCUUGAGUGUGUAUUAAUGAUUGCCUUUCUUUAAGCUUGAUUAUUGUCUUUUGCUUCUUCUUUUGUAUUCAUUAUUGCUUGUUGACCUCAUUAUCUUAUGAAAGCGCUUUAUGCAAUCAAGGUGGGAUUCUUCCCUUUCCUAUCUACUUGCUUACAUUGAUAUGUUUACCUUGCUUAUUAAAUAUUCUCGUGAUUACUCUAUGUUACUUUGCAUGGUUUCCAUAUUAUUAUUUCUUUGAUUCUAGAUUUGGGUGAGGUGCAUAUUGUAUGUUAUGAGACUUGUGAUAUGAUAUAUUUAUGAGCUAAUUCUUGUCUUUUCAUGGAAGUGCUCAACAUGUUAUGAAGGUACGCUCUUUCCUUUCCUCGAUUAUUGAUUCUUUGAGUGCAAGUGGCUUGCUUGAGUGUUCUUUGAAUAAGCUUACAUUAUUGUUUUGUUAUGUAUUCCUUGUCCUUUUUUAUUCAUUGGUUUCCAUUAAUUUACUAAUCAAUUGUCAUAAUUACUUCAACUUAAUUAGUAGAGACCUUUAUUUAGGACUUAGAUUGGGGUGUUAUCUUAUGAUACCUUCCCGAUAGGUCACCCAACUCCUGAACGUAGACUCAAAUUUUCAAAGACAUACUUUUUGGAAAAUAGAAGUCAUUUAUAAGGAUUUUAUUUCUUAUUUUCUUUUUCCUUUUAAAAAAUAAAUAAAAAUAAAUGGCGACUCCAAUUUUUACAAAAAUUAAAUUUUCAUUUAAAAACGAGUUUUGUCAUCCAGUGAGGACACACAUGAAAAAUGCAGGUCCACAUGGGAUAUUCCAUUUUUUUUUCAAGGCUUAACUCCUUUGAAACAAAAUCACUACAAAAUGAAUUGGAGUUGAUGAAUGCCAUUGGUAUCAACCACAAAAAUGAUUAUAGAAUCCCUAUUACUUUAACCACGUGCGCACACACAUAUUUAUUUAUUUAUAUCUUGUAAUUAUCUCACUCUCUUUUUAAAUGUCAAUUCAUACUUCAUUCAAUGGGUUUUGAAAUGGUCCCAUGUUUUGUUAGAAAUGGGAAAUUUGUCAAUGACGGAAUUCUUAGAUAGCCUUAACUGUGGGUAGUUUGGAUUUUCUAAAGCUAUUUUUUUGCAGAUGCUUUUCUGUAUUUUUUGUUUUGUUGCUUUGUGUAUACUUCUUGUAUACAUAAAGUGCACCCAUUUUCUUGGUGCUCUUUAUUAAUAGAUGCUCUGUUUGCUUCCUUUUAUGCUUUUCCCAGUAGGACAGCCAUGGACCACAGAUGGUAUCCUGUCAUGGCUUUUCACCUCUAUGUGUCUAAAGGCAGCCUGUUCAUGUUGGAAUCUAUGCCCAUGUUGGCGAAAUUGAGGCCAUUUGUUUGUAUUUUCCUGAAAGAAGCAAGCAAAAUGUUUGAGAUGUAUGUAUACACAAUGGGUGAACAGUUUUAUGCCUUGGAAAUGGUCAAGGUCCUUGAUCCUAGAACCGUAUAUUUCAGUUCUAGUGUCAUUUCACAAGCUGAUUCUACCCAAAGACAUCAAAAGGGUCUUGAUGUGGUGCUGGGACCAAAAAGCGCAGUUCUAAUUCUUGACGAUACAGAAAGGGAAAAAUUAAGAGUGCUACUGUCUAUCCAGCAAAUAGUUGGGAAAGCCCUGUGGUUGCAUUGGAGUUCUAUGUGCCUGUGGACAAUCUAUCUUCUCAUCUGGGCAUGGAAGAAUCAUAAGGACAAUUUAAUACUGAUGGAAAGAUACCAUUUCUUUGCUUCGAGUUGUCACCAAUUUGGUUUCCAUUGUAAAUCUGUUUCUGAGUUGAAGAGUGAUGAAAGUGAACCUGAUGGAGCGCUUGCAACUAUCCUCAAAGUUCUUCAACAGACCCAGAGCACGCUUUUUGAUCCGUGAUAAUUUUUCUGGAAGAGAUGUGAGGCAGGUGCUGAAUCGAUUCGGAGGGAAGUCCAGAAGGGAUGCAAGAUAGUCUUCACUUGGGUUUUUCCUGCCAAAUUCCAGGCUGAUAAUCACCCUCUAUGGAAGAUGGCUGAGCAGUUGGGAGCCACAUGCUAACAGAACUUGAUCCAUCAGUGUCACAUGUGGUUGCAACUGACGUGGGAACAGAGAAAUCUCGUUGGGCAGUGAACAAAAAGAAGUUUGUCAUCUAUCCACAGUGGAUAGAAGCUGCAAAUUAUUUUUGGCGAAAGCUGCCAGAAGAAAACUUUUUAGUUAACAAAAUGAAGCAAUGAUUGAGGGUAAGCCCUUGCAAUAGUGUACAUUUCAAAGGACUUUGGCUCCAUUACUAGUAUUUUUACAACUGAAAAUGGUUUGGAGGGCUUUGGCUCCUCUCCAGUACUAGCACUCCUACAAUCUCUCAGUAUUAUAAAUUCGAGGUUUACCAUCUAAUGGAGACCUCUCUGCUUAUCCAGAUUCAUUGAUUUUUCAACCUGCCAA